GGAUCCCUCAACUCUAAGCCAUGACUUUUCGUGCUGCCUGAUUCUCCGUUGCCUUAUUGUCUCCCUUGCUUCAACCAAGUAAUAUCCGAUACUUCACUAUGCCAUACUCGCUCAAAGGACGCAACGUCCUGAUAACAGGCGGCUCAGCUGGACUCGGCGCACUCCUAUCCACGACCUUCGCAAAAGAAGGAUGCAACAUCGCAAUCAACUACCUCAACCGGCUCGGGCCCGCACAGGAAGUACAGAGGCAAUGUCAAGAUGCAGGUGUCAAGGCUGUGCUCAUUAAAGCCGAUAUGACGAGCACGGAUGAGGCGAGGAGAGCUGUGAGAGAGACGAUUGAGCAGUUGGGUGGGAUUGAUAUUGUGCUUGCUAACGCUGGAUGGACUAAGUUUUGUGAUUGGAAGGAUCAUGAGGGGAUGACAGAGGAAGAAUGGGAUAGGUGCUGGUCUGCCAACGUCAAAGUACCACGUGCGCUGCUCCUCGCUGCGAAGCCGACGUUCGAUUUCAACUCUGAUGGCGGGCUGAUGAUCACUACGGGCUCGAUAGCAGGCAUCGGCCAAGGUGGCUCCUCCAUGCCCUACAGCGUAACUAAAGCCGCGCAAUUGCACCUCGUGAAAUGCCUCGCCGUCACAGAAGGGCCCAAGAUUCGCGUCAACACCGUCCUGCCGGGUCUGCUCCUGACCGAGUGGGGCAAGAAGUACAGCCCGGAGCGCAUCGAGGCGCUGAAGAAUGCGGCGGUGCUGAAGAAAGAUACCGAGCUGCAAGACUGCGUGGAUGCGUUUGUCAUGUUGGCGAAGAAUAGCAGUAUGACAGGGAUGCGGAUCCAGGUGGAUGCUGGGCUGAAUGUGCAGGGCGCAUAACAUCCUUAGUGCCGAAUCAAAUCUCAUCUCAUCGACAAU